UUAAAUUUAUUUUAUUUAUUUGUUUUGCUUUUCCCUUCAAGGAUAAAUCUCUUGGUUUUCUAAACAAGUUGUUUCUGAUGUUUCAAUAGGGUUUCGAUUUUUUCUCCAUUUUCCUCUGAGACUUUCUGUGCUUUGAUUUUCUCAGAUUUUUUUUCCCAAAUUCGUGGCUCUUCCAGGUUGAAUUUGGUAGGUUUCUUCAAUUUAGGGUUAGGGUUUUGUGCGUGCUCGUAAAUGAUUCGUUGCAUGCAAAUUUAAUUAGGAGUGUUUUAUCUUUGUUCCCGCUUCAAUUUAUUCGUCGGUUCUGUUGCAGGGAGAAAUGGGCACAUUCUGUAUUUGAUUUUUCGGUCGAAUCAAGCAUCAUAAUCUGAGCUUUUUCCUUUUUUCCAAGUGGGUUUUUGAUUUGGGGUGGAUUCUUUUUUGUUCUUUCAAAUCUGAGCUUCGUAGUGCAUUGAAUUGGUGCGACAUUUACUCGAAUUUGCAACUUGAGAGCUUAACUAGCUGCGAUGAAGAGUGGUGCGUGGAGGGUAUUCUCAGUGUAGCACUCUCAAUUCGAGGUCGAAUGUUCAGUCACAGCAUGGAUUCUGCAAGGGAUGCGGGUGGUGUUGCAGGGACAGUGUUAAUUCCCAUGCGUUUUGUGUGGCCAUAUGGAGGAAGGAGUGUAUUUCUCUGUGGUUCUUUCACACGGUGGACUGAGCUUCUACCAAUGUCGCCAGUGGAAGGUUGCCCAACUGUGUUUCAAGUUAUUUAUAAUUUGCCCCCUGGUUACCAUCAGUUCAAGUUUUUUGUUGAUGGAGAAUGGCGGCAUGAUGAACAUCAACCUCAUGUACCUGGAGAGUACGGGAUAGUCAACACUGUCUUCUUGGCUACUGAUCCUAACUACAUGCCUGUUUUAACCCCAGACAUCGCUUCUGCAAAUAACAUGGAUGUGGAUAAUGAGGCUUUUCGCCGUAUGGUUCGAUUGACUGAUGGUACAUUGGGUGAGGUGCUGCCCAGUAUAUCAGGUGCUGAUCUACAGAUCUCCUGUCAGCGUAUUUCUGCGUUUCUGUCUACGCACACAGCUUACGAAUUGCUUCCUGAGUCAGGCAAGGUUGUUGCUUUGGAUGUUGAUCUGCCAGUGAAACAGGCAUUUCAUAUACUGCAUGAGCAGGGAAUUUACAUGGCUCCACUUUGGGACUUCUGCAAGGGGCAAUUUGUUGGUGUUCUUAGCGCUUUGGAUUUUAUUUUAAUUUUAAGAGAGCUGGGGAAUCGUGGGUCCAAUCUGACAGAAGAGGAGCUUGAAACACAUACCAUAUCAGCUUGGAAAGAAGGAAAGUCAUAUCUAAAUAGACAAAACAAUGGUCAUGGAAGUGCCUUUUCAAGACGAUUCAUCUAUGCAGGGCCAUAUGAUAAUCUGAAAGACAUUGCCAUGAAGAUCUUGCAAAAGGAGGUUUCAACUGUUCCUGUUAUCCAUUCAUCUUCUGAAGAUGGUUCAUUUCCACAGUUACUACACCUUGCUUCACUUUCAGGAAUACUAAAAUGCAUUUGUAGGUAUUUCAGGCAUUGUUCUAAUUCAUUGCCUGUACUUCAACUUCCAAUCAGUGCGAUACCUGUGGGCACGUGGGUGCCCAGAAUUGGGGAAUCAAAUCGGCAGCCUCUAGCAAUGUUGAGACCAUCUGCUUCUCUUGCUUCAGCCCUAAAUUUAUUAGUUCAAGCCCAAGUAAGUUCAAUACCAAUAGUUGACGAUAACGACUCAUUAUUGGAUAUAUAUUGUCGGAGUGAUAUAACGGCUUUGGCGAAGGACAGAGCAUAUACACAUAUUAAUCUUGAUGAAAUGACUGUUCAUCAGGCUUUGCAGUUGGGCCAGGAUGCAUAUAGUCCCUAUGAGCUUAGAAGUCAAAGAUGUCAGAUGUGUUUGGGUUCUGAUCCUCUGCAUAAAGUGAUGGAACGUCUGGCAAAUCCAGGUGUGAGGCGGCUUGUUAUUGUGGAAGCUGGCAGCAAGCGUGUAGAAGGCAUUGUUUCAUUGAGUGACAUAUUCAAGUUCUUCUUUGGCGGUUAGUUUGGAUUGGUGAAUGGAGAAGUAAAAUGGUAUUUACAAUGGUUAAACAUAUAAUUAGCCCACCAUCACUUGUCCAGCCAUUCAAAGGAGAUUGAUUUCAGUGCUUUUUACACGGUGAUUUUAUCUCAUUUCAUUGUAAUACAAUUGGAUUGGCCUCUUGCUUUGUUGCCUCAUUUUAAGAUUUUAGGCUAAAGAAAGAGGCCUGUAAAUUCAGAGUAUUUGAUUGCUCAAAAUUUAUUCAUCUCUCCCCAUUCGUAUUAGUCUUCAAAUGUAUUGUGCACCUCAUAUAGAUACCAGCAAGGUGGGGAAGCACAAUUUCUGUAACCAUUCCCUGCUGUGAAGAUACAAAGUUUGAAGGGAAAAAAAAUGAGGAUGAAGGUUGAGAUACUGUUGUUUCAUAUUUGAUGGUUAACAAUCCUUGAUCCUUAGUUGUUAUC